CGCAUGCGCAUUAUUUACCGUGACGCUAUUCUGAUAACGUCCAACCUUAUUUCUUAGCAAAUAAGGUUCGUGAUUAGCGUCGACAUUAUAACCUAAUAGCAUGGUGGCAGAACAUAACCAUGGCCACUACGAACUUUAGACUACGAUUCACGAAUGAGGAUGACCUCGUACUCUUAAAAGAGGUUACAUCUCUAAAUCCAUACGAAGAUAAGGAAAGAUGGAAAACCAUUGCAGACCGUGUGGGAGCAGCAUCUAAAAAAAAUUUCAGUGUACGUGCUGUCCGAGAUCAUGUCGAGCAUCUUCUUAAAAACUGGAUAAAAACAAAUCGUGCGAACUUGAAAAAAUCAGGAAUAAAAGAAGAAUACACAGAAAAGGAACAGCUGCUUCAAGAAAUAGAAGAUUUGCAACAAGAAUAUAAAGGAACAGCUGCUUCAAAAAAAAGUAACAAUUCUAACCUACAAAACCGAGGAAUACAAGCAAGAGAUACAGCAUUAAGACAUGUUAAUCUGUCGGAGACAAAUGAAAAUGUUAAUCUGUCGGAGACAAGUGAAUUAGAACUUCAAGAACUUACGUUACCUAUCUCUUCAACAAACGCUCCAUCAAGUCCGACGUUAACACCAGUAGCAUUACAACAAGAUUUUAUUCCUUUUACGUGUUUAACGGAUACUCUAUCAAUAAGUUCAGUACCACAUCACUAUUCACCACAACCAAUACUAUCACCAGGAUUAGCACCAUCACCAUCACCAGAAUCAGUAACAUUACCAUCACCAGGAUCAGUACCAUCACCAAGAUCAUUAUUAACAUCUCCUAGAACGCCAUUAUCAACUUUACAAGGUUCUAUAAGAAAUAAGGAUGUCCUGAGGAUGUCCUUAGGAUGUUCAAAGGAUAUACAUCCUUUGGACGUCCUCAGGACAUUCCCUGGAGAUCUGUGUUGUUAGG